AUGCCUGAAGACAAAAGGAAAAAAAAAAAAAAAUACUCGUAGUUUGAAAGAAACACAGAGGCGAAGAGCUCCACAGUCCACACUGUCAGUCUAACUGUUUGUUUGUAAAAUAGAACAAGAUGUGUGACACUUUGAUUUCACCAUCAUCAAUUCCAACCCCAAAACAUUUAAUAAUGAAAUCCCAAAUGAGAUGUAAAAACUCAAGCUUUAUUCAUGCUUCUUUGAAUGCAAAACAACAUUCAAAUAGAUGGUCUCUUCAAGGGAUGACAGCUCUUGUUACUGGUGGCACCAGAGGAAUUGGACGUGCAAUUGUUGAGGAGUUGGCUGGACAUGGGGCGACCAUACACACUUGUGCUCGAAAUGAGUCUGAACUAAAUAGAUGUUUGAAGGGCUGGCUGGAUGAAGGUUUUGAAAUAAGUGGUUCCGUAUGUGACGUGUCUUCACGACGUGAUCGUGAAAGGUUAAUGGAUGAUGUUUCUUGCUUGUUUGAUGGAAAGCUUUAUAUACUUGUAAACAAUGUUGGGACGAACAUUCGAAAACCUAUGGUGGAGCUCACAGCCGAAGAGGUUUCCACACUAAUGUCAACUAAUUUUGAAUCUGUAUUCCACAUCUGCCAACUUGCACAUCCAUUUCUCAAAGCAUCAAGAGCAGGUAGUAUCGUGUUCACUUCAUCUGUCUCAGCCUUUGUGUCACUCAAGUCCAUGACACUCCAAGGCGCCACCAAAGGAGCAAUUAAUCAGCUUACAAAGAAUUUGGCUUGUGAAUGGGCAAAAGAUGGUAUCAGAAGCAAUGCCGUUGCCCCCUGGUAUAUCAAAACCUCCAUGGUAGAACUGGUACUUAGUAACAAAGAGUAUGUUGACGAGGUCCUUCAUUGCACCCCGCUUGGGCGACUCGGGGAUCCUAAUGAGGUCUCAUCGCUUGUUGCAUUUCUUUGCAUGCCGGCUUCAUCAUACAUAACUGGGCAGAUUAUAUGUGUCGAUGGAGGAAUGACUAUAAACGGUUUCUACCCGAGACACGGCUAGAUUUUUCUUGGUAAUUGUAUUUACUUCAAUUGAAAUCAUUUGUACUACCAAAUUAGUAAUGUGAUAUUUGUGACAUUUCACUCAUAUUGUAUGCUAAAAUCUUUUUCUCAUCCUUUUUAAGCAGGAUGAAUUGUUGCCAUUGUAGUACAUUUGAAGAUGAAUUUUGUAUUAAAAUUUUUUGCAACUUUA